AACACCGCAUUUGUUAAUAUAGUUUUGGUUUUGUUUUUUAGUACGCACUCCAUGUUACGCUCUCAAAGCCAUUUGAUUUUACUGCGUCUGACAUGCCUAUAAUCAGGAAGUGGUGGUGCUAUCAGUUAAUUCAGACAUUUCCUCUGACAAGUCAAGUCCAACAACUAGUCACCCAGGAACAAGAACUACCAAAUCCAGAAGACAUGGAAGUCACUCCACCUGAGUCAGAAAUCAUGGAGAUCACCCCAACACCAGGAAUCUAUGACUCAGCGGUGAUGAAAAACAUUCAGCUGGCCUGUAAGUGGGUGGAGGAGAACCAACACCACUUUGCUGGGAAGAUUGAACUGCCAAAGAUCUUAAGGAUGAAGGAGGAUGAUGCCUUGUUGGCUAUCGCAAUGCGAGACUUGUUCAUAAACACCAUGUUUUAUGAAGGUGAAAGGGAUGAAGAACAAAUUCGGGCUCCCUUCCUUUUCACUUUUCAGAGAGUAGAGGACAUGGAAUUAUUCUUGCAGGAAAUACGAGACAAAAGAGAUAUCCGUGUGUCUUGUUUACACAACCCUCAUUUGUGAAUCUACCAGUGGGUUACGGUUACUAUAAUGUAAAUAUUGAUUU